GCGAAAGCUGUGGGAGCACAAGAAUCCCAAGGACACGAACAUGUGGAGGUUCAUGCAACAAACGAACCGCACCAGAGGGACGAAUCUUCAGGUACGCCAAAUGAUCCUAUCCAACACCUUUGAGAGGGUUCCAUGGAACAUGUGCCCUAGUAUUGCGAAAGGAUCAUUGACGUUGUCCACCAGACCUUCCAGGACCUCUACCAGUACUCGAUCACCCAGCUCUCAUUCUGGGAUGAUGUCUGGACCACUCACCCGAUCAUCCAUGAAGGCAGCUACACGACACCAGUCGACCCGUCUGCGCGAAUGGACAGCAUUCCCCGCUGGUUCGAGGGGGUCCGCCUCAACUUUGCCGAGAACGUUCUCUUCUCUCCAGUCCACGGGACCCCGACUGCAACGUCGACGAGGGGCAAGGAGUCGGAUAAGGUUGCUACCACCGAAGUUAGAGAAGGAGGGACGGAGAUUCGAGCGUAUACCUGGGCGCAACUUCGCUCCAGAGUGGCGCUGUUCGCCAACGCGUUGAGGGCACGGGGCGUGAAGAAAGGUGAUCGAGUGGCCGUGGUCGCGAGCAAUAGUUUCGACACACUAUGUGUCUUCCUAGCAACCACGAGUCUAGGUGGAUUAUUCUCGUCCUCAAGCACGGACAUGGGUACCAAGGGAGUCUUGGACCGCCUGUUGCAGAUCAAGCCUCGAUUUGUCUUCAUUGAUGAUAUCGCUGUAUACAAUGGGAAGACGACCGAUCUGCGUCCCAAGAUCAAGGAGAUCCUGGACGGGAUGAGCAACGUCGAGGAGUUCUGGGGUGCGAUCAUCCAGCCGAGAUUUGAGAGAGCAGUGGAUAUCAGUGCCAUUUCGCGGUCGGAAACGUUGGCGAACUUUUUGAAGUCGGCUGGUGGAAACACGAAGUUAACCUUUGAAAGAGUGGAGUUUAGGGAUCCCUUCCUUGUGGUCUAUUCCAGUGGGACUACGGGAGUCCCGAAGUGUAUCGUGCACUCCACUGGUGGCAUCCUCCUCAACUCCAUGAAGGAAGGUAAACUUCAUCGAGACCUCGGGCCAGACAUGGUUCAGUUGCAAUAUACUACGACCGGAUGGAUCAUGUAUAUGUCCUCCAUCUUAUCCCUGCUCUAUGGCGGUCACGCCAUUCUCUAUGACGGCUCGCCCUUCCAGCCGGACCUGAAAACCUUCAUCCGCCUAGUCAGCUUCCUGAAAGUCACGAACCUCGGAAUAUCUCCGCGCUACAUGCACGAAUUCCAGAAGAACAAUCUUGCGCCGCGCGACAUUGCAGACCUGUCUAGACUUCGGACCGUCACCUCGACCGGGAUGGUUCUGUCGGAUGCACUCUUCGAGUGGUUCUACGAUACCGGUUUCCCGCCCCAUGCCCAGCUAGCCAACAUCUCCGGAGGCACGGAUUUGGCCGGGUGCUUUUCGAUGGAAAACCCGCUCACGCCGAUAUAUGUUGGAGGUUGCGUUGGCCCCAGCGUCGGCACCGCCAUCGCCGCCUACGAUCAGACCAUCGAAGGCAACGACGGUACCCCAGGGAGCGAGCUCGAAGACGGUGUCCCAGGCGAGCUGGUGGCCACCAGACCCUUCCCCAACAUGCCGGUAUACUUCUGGGGCGACGACAAGGGUGAGAAAUACUUUAGCUCCUACUUCAAGCGCUUCAACGACGUCUGGACGCACGGUGACUUCAUCAUGAUCCACCCGAUCACGAAGCAAAUCUUCUUCCUCGGCCGCGCGGACGGCGUGCUCAAUCCCUCCGGCGUCCGGUUCGGAUCCGCGGAGAUCUACAGCGUCAUCGAGAACUUCUUCACGGAUCAGAUCGCAGACAGCAUCUGCGUGGGGCAACGACGGCCGGAGGAUGACGACGAGAGCGUCCUUCUGUUCCUGCUGAUGCAUCCGGGGAAGAAGUUCAAUCAGCUUCUCGUGAAGGACGUCAAGGACCGGAUCGGGAAAGAAUUGAGCAAGCGGCAUGUGCCGAAAUACGUCUUUGAGACGCGCGAAAUACCUACCACGGUCAAUCUGAAGAAGGUUGAGCUGCCAGUGAAGCAGAUCGUAUCAGGGAAAAUCAUUAAACCCUCAGGAACGCUCCUCAACCCAGAGAGCCUGGACUUCUAUUACAAAUUCGCCAAGAUCGAGGAAUUGGAUGAGGAAGGACGAGUGACGUCGAAGCUAUAGUCAACCAUUGUGUACUCAGUGCCGUUCAGUGUAUGCAGGCCCAGGGAAAUGUGAUGCUACCGUUUUUUGUGAUAUAGAAAGCAUUGGAUUUGGUCUUCAAUAAACGAAUAGAAAUAUUUCUUGGCCCAGUUCCAUCGCAUCUAGGGC